CGGAUAUUCUUAAGAUUAGGUUCGGAUUUCCACGCAAAUUCGAAAGGCAGUUCUGUGAAGAUAAAAGAAAAGCACUUCAAUGCUACUUUAUCAUGAUCCUUAUUCCUUAACACUGAAUGGUUAUGUUUUAUAAGCUUGUUUUAGUUAACCAAGAUGCGGUACUCUCCCAGCUAGUCGCAUCUUCGAAUGUGACGUUGUUUUCGCUCUAAAUUAAGACAAUGCUAGAAAUCCUCUUAUCUCUUGGCUCUCUGUGCUUUGGGAGAGGGAUUUUGUGCAUUUUGUCAUCAUUUAUUGUUGGACUGAGUGGUGUCGUUCCGCUUCUAUUUCUCCCGUUAGAUAGCAUUUGUUCCAAGAAAGACAUCAUUUCUCUCAAUAGAUGGCUUAGUUAUGCUACUGGCAGUCUUCUGGGCGAAGUUUUUAUUCACCUCUUGCCGGAAUCCUGGGUUCACAGUGAUGUCGACGCGUUUCAGAUCUCAGGGUUUUGGAUGAUCACUGGACUGCUGUUGUUUUUCAUUAUCGAGAAGUUGUGUAUUCGUGAAUCUGCUGAAAAAGAGGUUGAAGGUUAUCUCAAUCUUGCUGCCAAUGUAAUUGAUAAUUUUACCCAUGGUGUGGCUAUUGCUGGAAGUUAUCUUGUAUCCCUUCGUUUGGGCAUUUUAACGACUACCUGCAUAUUAGUUCAUGAAGUUCCUCAUGAAAUGGCUGACUUUGUAAUUUUACUUCGGAGUGGGUUUAGUCGGUGGGAAGCUGCCAAAGCUCAAUUAGCUACAGCAUCUGGAUCUACUUUAGGUGCCAUCCUAACACUUUGUGCUAAUGCUUCAGUCACCGGUUGUACAACAAAAUGGAUACUUCCUUUUACUGCUGGCGGUUUCUUGUACAUUGCAUUAGUCUCUCUUUUACCUGAUAUUUUAAAAGAAUUAUCAUUUAAAGAAUCAAUUAUACAUCUUACUCUUAUGUUUUUUGGUUUAACUUCAAUGGCCAUUGUCUCAUAUGCAAUGGAUUGAAAUUACAAAAUAUAAUAUUUUUUGAUAAAAACCAAUAAGCUACAACGCUAUGUGACGUAACAACGAUUAUAUCAUAUAUGUAGAUUCGUAAAAACAACAAACAAGUAGAAGAAUACUGAUCAUUGGAAAAAAAACCCAUAUCCAAAAGACUUUGGAAUUUUUAAAUCCGGUUGCUACAUUAACCCCUCUCCGCCGCCACCCUUGACUUCUUCUAUUCAUCUGACUAAUAUUGUCACUGUAGUAAGGACAAUAAAACAUCAGUUUUAAUAAGCGUCAUCACUACUGUGAAACAAUUUUUGCGCCAUUCUCGACUUCCAUUUUUAUUUGAAUUUUAUUUUUUUUUUGUUUUGCAUUUUUCUCAUUUGUGCAUUCGCUUCCUUUUUUAAUUUUAUUCUUUCGUAUACAUGAUCAUCAUUUUAUCGAUUGUUUCAUUCAUAUUGUGACACCUAUGUGUCCGUUUUUAUCUCCUGUGUACACACAUCCUUUGUAUAAUUGAUAUGAAAAUAACAUCUUGUAAGCCAAUAUUAAUUAUAUAUAUAUAUAUAUAUUGUAAGAUUUGUAUUAUUUUAAAAAUAAAUUGAAUAAAGAUGAAUUUUUUUUUAUUGUAUUGUAUAGUGUGUGACAAUGUGUUGUAAACUUGCAUUAUCUAUUCGUAAUAUUAUUAUUAUUAUUACUAUUGAUGAAAUUUAUUGUUUUAAUUUCAAACAGUAUAGAGAGUUCCUUUUUUUUUAGUCAACUCUAAAUCAAUAAUAAUAAUAUAUUCAUGUU